GGCUCACGGUUUUUUGUCUCCCGACGCAUUCUACUACUUUUUUCCCUUGGAUAAUGAAUUACUAUUUGUUUAGAAAAGAAGUAAUAGUUUAAGAAUUCAUCUAAUGAAUAAACCUUGCGUUGAUUGAGUAAACCUCGUAUUUUCUUCUUCACAUUUUCUAAUUCUAAUCCAGAAGUUUCCAAAUAUUUUGUUGUAGUGUAUGCAUUUUUCAACUUUUGAACUUUUCAAAUAAACCUUCAGAGACUGAUAGUUGAUUAGCCCAAUCUAAUAAUAAUCUAUUAAACCAAUGAGUUGUAAGAGAUUAAAAGAUUCAAUGAAUGGCCACCAUUCCACCAUGUGAUUAUGGUUUCCUGAACGAUAUACCAGUCAAACAAGUUUUGAGGAGAGAAGAUAAAGCAAUACAUUAUGUUAAUCAACCAUUAGAGGUUGGGACAGAAGUUGUGCAGAAAAUUGAUUGGGAAAGGCGAUUUGAUCACAUGCAACAGCAUUCUGGCCAGCAUCUCCUUUCUGCUGUUCUAGAGAAGGAGUUUCAGUCACCCACUGUCUCAUGGUGGCUAGGUGAAGAAACAUCUUACAUUGAACUAGAUAUUCAAAAAAUUUCUGAUGUGCAGAUAAAAAAAACAGAAGAGAAAGUGAAUCAAUAUAUAAGGCAAGGAAAAACUGUGACAGUCACCAUUCUUUCCAAAGACACACCUGCAGAGGAAUUGGAAUUGGUACGUAGCGCCAAGGAUCUUCCUGCAGAUCAUGUGGGCGACAUAAGAGUGAUCAAUAUAGAAGGGAUUGAUAGCAACAUGUGUUGUGGCACACACGUCACAAACCUCAGUCAGUUGCAAGUUAUAAAAUUGCUGCACACAGAGAAGAGUAAAAGGAAAGAUAAAAUAUUAUUGCAUUUCUUGGUUGGAAACAGAGUUCUAAACAGAUUGGAUGUUUGUAUCGAUCGGGAAAGAAGACUGACCGCCCUGCUGAACAAUAAUCCGUCACAACAUCCUGAGCUGAUUGAAAAACUCCAGAAAAAUGUCAAAUCUCUCAAUAAAAACAUGCAAACUCUUUUGAAAGAUAUUGCAAUAUUAGAAGUGAAUAAACUGAAGAGUAUGCCGCAUCCACCAAAGUAUUUUUCGUUGCACAGAAAGGAGGCCGAACCCGAUUUCAUGAAUACGUUCAUCAAAGAGCUUGGCAAAACCGAGAUAUUCUUGUUUCUUUCAACAGGCGAUGAAAAACAGUCAGGAAAUAUUGUGUUGUACGGUGAUGAGAAGGCUGUGGCUGAUUUGGGACAGAAAGUAUGUGAAUUGUUGGACGGAAAAGGAGCUGGGAAAGGGAAUAAAUUCCAGGCCAAAGUUAAUAAAAUGGCGAAUCGAAAGUCAGCUGAAAAAUAUAUUACAGAAUAUUUUAAUAAAUCCUAAGCUCGUCAUAGU